UUUUGCCAGUAACCGUGGCCUGCCUUGUGGAGCUGGAUUAUCGCUGUGGGUUUUACCAGGUUAAUUUCGGUUUGCUUCAGAGUAAAUGUUGUUAGUUUUAUGUUUAUGGAUGGUGGAAGUCAGAAUUUUUGUAUGAACAGCUUUUAUUUUGUAUUUUAUUUGUGGUUGAACGUUGGGCAGGGUGAAUCUGGGAGCCGCCAUGGAGAGUGGAUAGAGCAUGGAGAGCUUCAAUUUUAGCUUCAUUUGAAUAACUAGCUACCUCAAUGUAAAUUUAACGGAUAAAUAACUAAUACUAAGUCUAAUACAGCGCGGAACAAACAGAAAUCCUGUCUGAAUGUUGGUUUCGUUUUUUAAAUCCGUACCUACCUAUUUAAAUGUCUCUGUAGCUUGCUGCUAGUUAGCUAAUAGGUUACAUUCAAGCCGUCUGUGUUUUUCGGACGAGCUCGACUGAAUUGAGUAUUUAUCUAUUUUCCCGUCCUAAUGGGUGCCAGUUCUGCUUUUUUAUUGGAUUUACACAAUUACUGCUACCUUCAUUUUUGUUGAGCUGACUUGAAAGCCUUAAUACAGCGUGAAAACCCUUGGCACAGACAGCAGGAAUUUAGCUGACCACUACAGAAUCUGAACAAGGACUCGUCGACAUCCCGGUUUUCUGAUAAAGACUCAGUUUAAAGAAGCAAUUUAUCAGCACUGAAGAUUUAUUCAGGUCGGAAAAGGUCGAGGAAAAGCAGAGAACAGAAAUGUCUGGGCGACCGAGAACCACUUCUUUCGCCGAGAGCUGCAAACCCGGUGUGCCGCAGCCUUCAGCCUUCGGAAACAUGAAAGUCAGCCGAGACAAGGAUGGCAGUAAGGUGACAACAGUGGGUGCAACCCCCGGCCAGGGUCCAGAUCGGCCUCAGGAGGUCAGCUAUACGGACACAAAGGUCAUCGGCAAUGGCUCGUUUGGCGUGGUGUACCAGGCGAAGCUCUGCGACACUGGAGAAAUGGUAGCCAUCAAGAAAGUCCUGCAAGACAAGAGGUUCAAAAACCGUGAGCUGCAGAUCAUGAGGAAGCUUGACCACUGCAACAUUGUGCGUCUGCGCUAUUUCUUCUAUUCCAGCGGUGAUAAGAAGGAUGAGGUAUAUUUGAAUUUGGUCCUGGACUACGUCCCUGAGACGGUGUACCGAGUGUCCCGCCACUACAGCAGAGCUAAGCAGAUGCUCCCCAUGAUCUACGUGAAGCUGUACAUGUACCAGUUGUUCAGGAGCCUGGCAUACAUCCACUCGUUUGGUAUCUGCCAUCGGGACAUUAAGCCCCAGAACCUGCUGCUGGACCCUGAGACAGCCGUGCUCAAGCUCUGUGACUUUGGCAGUGCUAAGCAGCUGGUGCGUGGUGAGCCCAAUGUGUCUUACAUCUGCUCUCGUUACUACAGAGCCCCUGAGCUCAUAUUCGGAGCCACGGAUUACACGUCCAGCAUAGACGUGUGGUCGGCUGGUUGCGUUUUAGCUGAGCUGCUUCUUGGGCAGCCUAUCUUUCCUGGAGACAGUGGGGUGGACCAGCUAGUCGAGAUAAUCAAGGUGUUGGGAACCCCAACACGUGAGCAGAUUCGGGAGAUGAACCCUAACUACACAGAGUUCAAGUUCCCUCAGAUUAAGGCCCAUCCAUGGACUAAGGUGUUCAGGCCGAAGACACCUCCUGAGGCGAUUGCUCUAUGUUCUCGGCUGCUGGAGUACACACCGACGGCGCGUUUUACUCCACUGGAGGCCUGUGCACACACCUUCUUCGAUGAGCUCCGCACACCCACCCUCAAACUUCCCAACGGCCGAGAGAGGCCUCCACUCUUUAACUUCACCACGCAGGAGUUGUCCAGUAAUCCAUCGCUGGCAUCCAUACUCAUUCCUGCACACAUCCGCAACCAGCCUGGAGCCUCCUCUCCCUCAAACGCUUCCUCUGCUGCAGAUGCUGGCAGUGGCGAACGUGGCCCUGGUCCUAACGUUGCUUCUGGCUCUGCCCCCAAUCCAUCAACCUGAUUACCAUCAAUUCCUCAACAGGCCAAUCCCAUGAUGCUGCUCAUUAACCAUGCCCACUUCCCCAAAUCAGGGGCCGGGCUUAAAAAAAUUUAAAAAGAAAGAAAAAAAAUGCAAAGCUCAUGACGAGACAUGGACGAACCAACUGAACUCUCUAACCUCUACCCACCUAUUCUUCUCAUUUUGUUUAUUUUUAUUGUAGGUAAUUUUAUUUAUUUAUACUUAAGGACAACAGGAUGUCUUUAAAAGCCUCUUGUCAGUUGACUGUUCAGCGAGGAGAGCGACAGACUGUGGAGAAGUUUCAUAAUAAUAUAUACGUCUGCUUAUAUAGAGAUACGGAUAUAUAGACCUACGCUUUCUGUGUGUCUUGUUUUUGACUCCCUCCCCAUUUGUAGCAGUAGCGUUUGCUGCUGCUUGUGAAUGCAGAUUUCUGCACCCAGCUCCAUGACACUCGCCCUCCAAGAACAAAGUUUAAAUGUGGAAGUUUGCCUGCGUCUGUCUGUGGAAAGGAAAGAUGCCGUCAGUACUCGUUACAAUGAACGUUCAGUUCACACACAGUUAAACGCUGUUCCCAGACCAGUCGGUGUGUUUUUGAUGCAUGAACAUGGAAGUUGAAUCAAAACCAACCUGGUUUUAUUUAUAAUGCCAGUCAUAGCAGUUUAUCCUCAAAAUGGUUAGGUUCCAGGUUGGCAUACUGAUCCCAGGUCGGCUUUAAAGGGCUACUUCCGAGGCUUUGUUGCAGAUUAUUGUGAAUAAUCUUGUCUUUGUGAAUGAUGUUGCCUUUUCACCUCAAUGUUAGGUUGACAUGCUGUGUGUUUGGCUUUGAAUGGUAUGCAUUUAUUCCAGUCAUUUUCUGUCGGAGAAAUGUAGGCAUUGUUUCGGCUCCUCCACUUGCAAGUCUUCCCAUUGUUUACUCUGUACAGUUUCUCUAUAAUGCUUUGCUUCAUCGUUUCUAUGUAACAUUUACUGUAUUUAAAAUGCGCCCGAGAAAUUAAAAUGAACAAAGUCAGGCCUACUUUUACUUUUACUUAGCCAUAGACAUCAUACUAGAGGCUGCAGUUGCAGAAGACGUGACCAUUUAGGAUAUGUACUAGUUUCGGAGUGCCUUUGUUUGUAUGGCUUUCCGGUUUUUGUCAUGCUGUGUAGGACGAAAUCUGUUGUGUCCUGAGAUUCAUCGACCUGUUUUUAUUUUAGAAGAUGCACAACAGCUGAAAGUGCAGAGAGAUUUCUAUCUAAAACAAAGAUUAGGCGUUCAUGGUUCAUGGUAUAUCAACGAUAUAUCAGUGAUUCUCAGCCUGCACAAGUGAAUUAGGGCUCACGUUUUAUAUUCUAGGCUGAUUAUUACAAGUCAUGCAUGUGUGCAUCCCACAAUAUGACUAUUUGGCUGCUGUUGCAGCCAAGUUGAUAAAAAUGUUGAAAACCUUCGACGUGUGGCGGCGUUUAUGUGCCAGUCUACUCAGUCAUUUAAACGCUUGAGAAAAAGAUAGUGAUUGCUCUAACAUGCCAGCUGAGGUUUUUGUUCUAUUCAGCACCUAGAUUGAGGAAUAACAAAAAAUAAAAUUGGUUUUUAAUCAUUUAAACUUAAAAUCUUUGGCUCGGGUUAGUGUUUUAGCACCAUUAAGGCUGCUGAUCUUAAGUCAGCAUGAGCUUUUUUGCUUCUGGUCUUAGAUCAGUUAUGCAGCCUAUUGUCAUGGUAAGGUAAGACUGUUUAUUUUUAUUAUUAUUAUUAUUAUUAUUAUUUUUAGAGCAAUGGACCCCCACUGGAGUGCUGCUGAAAGGACACUACUGUCUUUAGUCAUAAUCUGCUUUAUCUCUUUCAUUUCUGCAUGUACCACUGUUAUUUCUGACUCAGAAAUAUAUUAAAUGGCCUGAUUCACAGGUUAGCAUGCAUGUGGUUUAGACUAAGGUUAAGCUUGGUUUAUAAACCCGUUAGCCUGCUUUGAGGAGCCAUUUUUGAAUUCAUAUGUUUCAUUUUAUUUCAUUGUAUUUAUCAGGAUGCAAAGGCCGCUGUCUGGUCCUAUUUAUACUUGAGAAUGAAUGAUGACUUUUUAACAUGUAAUCUACUGUUAGCUCCGAUUUAUUGCUAAGGUUCUUAAUGAUGGAUAUUUAAAUCAUUUUGCUAAUUGAAUCACCACAUUUUAAUUACUAGUGUUAGAAAUUUCUCAUUGUAUUGUUCCACUGUCUUUUUCACAUCUGCCUAGAAUUUAAAAUAUUGGUCAGUCACACAGUACUGAUGCUUAGUCACUCACCUGAGUGUAGGAAUAAACAAUGUGAGCUGUCUAAGCAGUGAAAAACUUGUAAUGUUUAUGGUUUAUCAAAACAGUAGUAUGUUUUCAGCUGUCACCGACUCGAUCGGAAUUAUCUUGUGUUAAUUUUUUUUAAAAGAGGAAGUUGAUAACUUAAUGGAUUAAAAAAAGAAUCACUGCUUUGCUAAAUAUUCCUCAAUCCAUAGGCUGUGUCCCAAACCUCAUACUAUGUAGCAUUGAUGUCAGUAUAGUGCUUGUGAAACCAUUGAUGAUGUACAAAUUUGUCGUACUAUUUAAUACAUAUGUGAUUUGACACAUCACGACGUCUGUAUGCCUUAAAUCGGCUUGUUUCCAAUCACCUCCCAUCAACUAAAGUUUGGAGGCUUCCGUUUGUCUGCCUGACUGUCUGUCUGUCUGCCUGACUGUGUCUGAAGCUCAUUUCCGACCAUCCAAAUGUUCCUUAAGAUUGCAUUAAAUACGGCUGAAUAGGAAAAUUAUUGAUACCAUCCAGUAUCAGUAUCUAAAAACCAAGAUAUGUGCAUAUUAUUGAGAGUUAAAAUUUACAACCAAGGAUUCAAUAUGAAUUAAUUAUGCAGCCAAAGGAACAGUGUAACUGGAAAAAAAAACUGCUGUCAACCGGCUGGGUGCCUAAAUGGACACGAUUAUGUGUCUGUUGGGACGAGAGACAAUGGUCAAGCAGGAAUUUCUCAUCACUGCUGUAAUUAUGGCUUCUGCUGGGCAGUUGAUGUGCCUGCACAAGAAGUGGUUGAUAUCAGAUGGCAGCGCGUGUGUCUGAUGAGUUGUGUGCCAGUAUUUGGCCCUCCUUGGUCAGAGGUGGCGGGUGGCAGCGUCAGGAGCAACGUUGCAAUUGGAUUUGACCAGAUUUGGUGAAAAAUUAAAAUAGGAAAAGAGAAUAUAUACACACUAUAUAUACAUGCGCACACACUUGAAUUAAGUAAAGAUACACCAAGAUGAUUCCUGCUAUUUAAAUGUUUUAUUAUCUAUCACAAAUAAAGCAGUGGACACUUCCUUUUUAAAUUCCUCACAAAUUCCAAAUUACAUGAUUCUGCAGACAGGUAACCUUUCUCCUGCAGAGAUCAGACAGCUCUGGCUGCACCAGAAAUUUGCCUUUUGAAUUACUUCACCAAGUACAUUGGAUCAGGCAGGGAAUGGAAAAUUUUAGGCUGUUGUGUUUUUGAGUGUUUUUGCUUUACCUGGCCUGUAAUGUGUGUGGAUAUUCUUUUUUGUAAGCUUUGUAAAUGCAAAUAGUCCCUAAAAUGAACAUUAUCACAAAGUUUUAUUCAUUGAAAGUUUGUCUGGAGUUUGACCAUUUGAGUAGCUUCUCAGCUUUAUUGUAGUCAGUUUUGGUAAUAGUGUAUUAAAUCUUAGUCUCUGGUGCAGUUCUGGAUCGACUGUACAUCGAUUUGAUGCACCACGCCUUUAGAAGUCAACAGAGCUAAACAGUUGUGCUGUUGAACACAGACACGAAUAUGCGGGUCAGCGUUCAACAGUUUGACCUUUGCUCAACAUUUGACCUGCUCUCACUCUGAAUCUGUUAUUGCAGAAUUGCUUACCGUAAAAAACUGUAACACUUAAAAUCAGUGUCGUUUUGCACACCGCAUUUCACAUACAGAACCUGGUGUGACCAGACCUUUAGUGUGGUCAGUUUUGUUUUUUUUAGUUUUUUUUUACAAAGAACCUCACCAAAUGCUCUACUUAAUAACAUACUAAAUAAAAAAAAAAAGUUGCUGCUGGGACAUGAUCUAGUACGUCCUCUACUACAGUAUUACUUAAUCAACUAUGGCAAUAAGUAUUACACAAGUAGAUUCCUCACAUCUACCUAGCUGUAUCUUGCGCUUUCAGCAGCACUCAAAAGGGAAUGAUGUCAUGUAGCACUUAAUAAAAAAGUACAUUAAAUACAAAUAAUAAUACAAUACUACAUUUAAGCAUAUGUAAAUGCUUUCUGCCUGUAAAAUUCACAGCCAUAAAUGUUGCUUCCUAAACGACUAUGGAACACAUCACAGUUCUAGUGAUUUUUUUUUUCUCUCGCACAACCUGUACAGUCUCACAGGUUAAACACAAAUGCUUAAAAAAAUGUAAAAAUAAUAAAAAAAGAUAAGUGAAUAUUUGGAGAUACACUUGUGUAUAGCUGUUGGCAGUUGUAAGAGACUUUGUAACUACAGACAAACCAACUAUGACGUUGCUAUUACUUGAAUGCCUGUUUUUUUUUUUUUAAAAUAAUUUACUCAAAAUAAUUUUGUUUUUUUUCCCUGUGAUUGUUAUGCUAAAUGUCUCUUUGUAAAUAGCAUUCUCUUCCUCUGUGUAAAAUGGUUCAGAGACGUAGUUACCCGGUACUGUCAUUUGCAUUGAAUAAAGUGUAGGUUAGCCUGAAA